CAAUCAAUUAAAUACGAAUGGCAACACUUGGAGAAGAAUUUCAAACCAUUUUAUAAGAAGUAGACAAUGCUAGAUUAGAUACAAACAAUUUGGAAACAGCCUUAUUGAAAUUGUUAUCUUUUGGUACAUUUUAAUCAUGAUAGAAAAAGAUUCAAAAUCUGAGGAGCAUUUGAAACACAAGGAAAGCGCAUAUAAUAAAUUAUCUUAAUUGUAUUGCAAACAACACAAACCUCAAUUGGUAUUUUAGAUUAUGAAAACACACGAUUUCUCCGGAUUCAAUCAAACAAGAGCAGCAAAAAUUAUGAGACAAAUGAUUGAUCAAGUAGCUUAAUUGGAAGGCACAAUUGAAUUGUAAGUUGACAUGUGCUAAUUCUUAAUCGAUUAAUGUGCACGAGACAAGAAGAAUUACUUAAAACACAAGAUGCAAAUAAGAUUGGCAACAUUGUAUAAUGAAUAAGAAAAAUUCACCCAAGGAAUCGAAAUCAUUGAUAAAAUAGUAGUUGAAGUAAGAAAGGCUGAUGACAAGCAUUUGCUUCUAGAAAUCUAUCUAAUUGAGAGCAAAUUGCAAUUUGGAUAAACCAAUCUAGCUAAAGCCAAAGCAUCAUUAACAGCAGCUAGAGCCUGCUCAAAUACAAUUUACUGUCCUCCACAUGUAUAAGCUGAAAUCGAUAUGAUGGCUGGUGUGCUCUAUGCAGAAGAAAGAGACUAUAGAACCUCUUAUUCCUAUUUUUAUGAGGCCUUUGAAGCCUUCAAUAAUCUAGAAGACAAGAGAGCUUUGGGCACUCUUAAAUAUAUGUUGUUAUGCAAGAUUAUGAUUGGAGCUACAGAUGAAGUCAAAUAAAUUUUAACUGGAAAGCAUGGUUUGAAAUAUGCAGGCAGAGUAAUUAUGUGCAUCUAAUUAAUAUUAGCACUUAGAAGCUAUGAAAGCCAUUUCUAAUAGCAAUUAAAAGAAAUCUCUUAUUGAAUUUACUAAGGUCUUAGAUGAAUAUAGGGAAGAAAUCGAAGGUGAUAAAGUCAUGAGAUUACACAUCAAGUAGUUAUAUGAAGUCUUAUUGGAAAUGAAUCUGUUUCAAGUCAUCCAACCAUACUCUAAAGUUUAAAUCGAUUAUAUCACUUAAAGAAUGUAAAUUGAUGUCGAAAUCAUCUAAAGAAAGUAUCAAUUCAAUAUUUACUAGAUUGUCUGAAUUAAUUCUAGACAAGAAAAUAGAUGGAACCUUAGAUUAAGGAAAUGAUUGUUUGAUCUUGUUUGAUACAGUUAAGCAUGAUAAUUUAUAUCAACAUUCCCUUAGUUUGAUUAACAAUUUGAAUGGAGUCGUAGAUAAAUUAUUUGAUAGAGUGAAAGUCAAAUGAACAUUAAAUAUAUAUAUAGAUAAAUUAUUAUUUUUAUUCAUC